GUCGUGAUUUCCUUACAUCUCUGUAGUGUUUUUGUUAAUUUACACUUAAAUAAGGCUGUUUUAGUUUAUAAGUACUGAAUUUGUCAAGUUUCUGCGCCAGAACGACCAAUGAGCGCCACCCAGUAGUAAGAGCCUAGAAGUUCGUGAGGUCUAUAAAAGCAACCGGCUAUGCCGGGGAGGGCUCAUUGUCGUGCUAGCGCUCGAACCGAAAACACCAUAAGCGGAAGCUCUGUCCAAACUGGUAGCCAGUAAGCUAUGUAACGAAUAAAAGUGUUGUGUUCAAAAUCAAGUAUUGUGUUAUUUUGAUACUUCAGAAGUGAGAUCAGAACCAAGAACCACAAUGUCUCCUGAGCCUGAUAACCUUCGGGUAUCUCGAGAGGAGUCCAGACAAACUCCAGAGAGAAAGUCAAGGCGUCGAAACCGUUCCAACGAUACCGAAACCAGCACCGACUCUUCCAUUGAAAGAGAGCGUCGCCGAAAGAAGCGGCAGCGCCGGCGUCGUAGGCGUACCAGAUCUUCGUCUCCAGAGUCGAACCAGAGACCGUCAACAUCUCGCCAGUCAAAUGCUGCCCUGUCGCCUGAAGAUAUGGUGAAGAUUUUAUCGGUCUUACAAGGAAUGCCAAGUAAGAGUACAUUGUCAUUUAAUCAAAAUCUUAACGUUAUACCUGAGUUUGACCCAAAUAACAAGUCCCAAACUACUGAGAGAUGGCUUAACAAAGUCAAUGAAUGUUCUGUAAUAUACGGAUGGGACGAAAGGCAAACAAUGCAUUUCGCUCUACAAAAACUAUGUGGUUUAGCAAAAAAAUGGUAUGAAUCAUUGCCAACUGUUAAUUAUACCUGGGUUGAGUGGCAGGAUAAAUUAAUCAAAGCAUUUCCCAACGAAGAAAACUAUGGCAAACUUUUGGAGGAAAUGCUAUUGCGUGUCUCUCGUCCCGAAGAAAGUCUGAGGGAGUAUUUUUAUGAGAAGUUAUCUUUAGUAACUAGGUGCGAAAUUAGGGGCAGGAAAGCUGUAGAAUGCAUUAUUUAUGGUAUAACAGCUACUUCAAUUCGAAACGGUGCACAAGCUUUGAAAUGUAAUGAACCAGAGGACUUGCUUAACUACCUCGUUUCACAGCAUCCACAGCCACGGACGUUAGCAAGCACUAAUUAUCGUAGGCGUGAUCAUCAAAGGCUAAAUAACUCAUUUAAUGCAUCCAACAGCCCCACAACUAAAACCACCACUGCUAGUCCGACAACAAACAAUCAGUCACAUUGUUUCAAUUGCCAAGAGAAAGGUCAUUUUUUCGAUUCAUGCCCCAAACCUUUGAUCAAGUGUAGGAAAUGCUUUAGAAUUGGCCACGAUUCUGAAAAUUGUAAUCGUAAACCGUUAGCUUCCAUAGGCAACAGUCGAGAGAUUGCUUCUAGCAAAAACAUGAAGAUCAGCUGACUAGAUAGUGAGAAAAACAAAAAGUUCUUCAAACAAACUAUUGUUAAUGGCUCGACGCUUGAGGCAUAUGUAGAUUUUGGCAGCGAUUGUAGCCUUAUCAGGGCAUCUAAUGCAAAAUCUCUUAGGUUAAGUAAACUUAAUGAGUGUGUACCGGUUAUCACAGGUUUUGGCAACUGUCAAACAAGACCUCUUUACAAAGUCAAUGCUAAUAUAAAGUUGGAUGAAAUAGAAGCACAGAUCGAUAUGUUUGUAGUUGAGGAUGAGUACUUACAGACUCCAUUGCUCAUAGGCCAAAACUUCACAGAGUUACCUUCCAUCACUGCCCUGAAAAAUAGCGAUGCCUUGUACUUUUACAGUUGUCCUAAUAGUAGUGAAAUCACUGACAGCGACAAAACGUUUAAGCUAAUUAUUUUGCAAGACACAUGUUUAACAGAAAACGGUCUAAUUGAAGUUUAUACCAAGGAACCGUAUUCUGGAGAUAUUUACAUUGAAGGAGGUACUCGAACAAACCCAGACCAAGAAUAUCAUUUACAUGGUGGAUGCUAUAAAUUAGAGAAUAGUAAAGGAGUUAUAUUCAUUACCGUGCUAAAUAAACCCCCCCUUGAGUUUAAGGCAGAAUAUUCAAUAGCUAGAGCAAGGCCAGCCACUGAAUUAAAAUGUCUUCGCGUUAAUACACGCUCGGGCUAUGUAUAUCCACCAUUAGAUAAAAAUGAGAUCAGAACGGGUGAAUACUUAGAUAAUAAAACUAAAGACAGGCUUGAUAAGCUAUUGGAACGUUAUAGAGACUGUUUCGCUACAAAUUUACAA